AUGGCUCCUUGUAUUCUUCUCACCGGCGCCACCGGGCUGAUUGGUUUCCGAAUACUGCAGGAGCUUCUAAAAGAUGAAAAUGAAGUCCGGAUUACCGUGCGCUCCGAGGCUAAAGCCCAGACUGUCUUGUCCAACCCGGUCAUUCAAAAGCUUCAACCUGGUAACCGACUGACCUACACUGUUGUUCCGGAUAGCAUUUUGAGUCAGGCGUUUGACGCUGCAUUGCAAAAUAUCACCUACGUGAUCCACGCCGGGUCCCCUGUUCCCGUGCCCGGUUUUGACCCUGUCAACCAAAUCUGGAAGCCUACAGUGGAGGGUACAGCGAACCUACUUACAUCGGCACUCAAAUACCCUGGGAUCAAGCGGGUGCUCAUUACUUCGUCGAUUGUCGCGAACAUGGCUCCGAUGCCCGAUCCCUCCGUCACAGUUACUGCGAGCUCCCGCGUGCAGCUACCCGAGAUCCCUGAAGCCUUUUCUAAUGUGUUUGAGGCCUAUGUCCUCGCCAAGAUCACGGAGAUCAACAACGUUGAUUCAUUCGUGAAGCAACAGAAGCCACAUUUCUCCGUCGCCACUAUCAUUCCGGGGUAUGUCUACGGGCGCGAUGAGUUGGUGCUAGAUUCCGACACCGCGAUAAGCAAGGGUAGCUCGUCUGGAAUCCUGCUGCGCAGCUUGACCGGGACCGACUGCCCGGCCCCCAUCCACGGGGGCUAUGUGCACAUCGAUGACCUGGCUCAGGUAUACGUGAAAGUGCUGGAGCUACAGCCCGAGGCCGACACCCCUCGCAGCUUUGGUGCCUGCAGCCUGGUCAGUUAUGACGAUGCCUGGCACCUAGCGGAGAAAAAUUUCCCAAACGAAGUGUUCGCGAGCCUACUCAAGCAGGCUACUUUACCCACACUCCCCAUUUCAUAUGACUCAAGUGAGACGGAGAAGUAUCUGAAUAUCAAAUUUCGCCCCUUCGAGGACGCCGUCAAGGAUGUCGUGCAGCUCUACUUGGACAGACUGGACAAGAAGAACUAG